GCCGCCGCCGCCGCACUCCCGGGUCCUUCCUCCAGGGGGGCAAAGACGAGCAGACGCGAAUGUCUUGCGGGCCGCGCUCCAGGAAGCAGCAGGAUGCGCCGCUCGGCUGUCAGUAGCCGCCAGCUGCACAAACCAUGCAGGAUGAUUUACUGAUGGACAAAAGCAAAACCCAGCCCCAGGAGCAGCAGCAGCAACGGCAGCAGCAGCAGCGACAGCAGCAGCAGCAGCAGCAGCAGCCAGAGCCCAGCGCAGCCGAAGUCCCGUCCACCAGCCUCUCCGCCGAGACCCCCAAGCCGGAGGACAACAGCGCAGUGCCGGCUCUGAGCCCUGCCGUCGCGGCCCCGGCCCCGUCCCCGUCCCCGUCGGCCUCCAGUGGCCCCGACAAGAUGCAGAUAGAGUCGCCGCUCCUGCCGGGCUUGAGUUUCCAGCAGCCGCCGCCGCCUCCACCGCCACCGCAGGAGCCCACGACGCCCGGUGCGUCGCUGUCCCCGUCCUUCGGGAGCACCUGGUCCACGGGCACCACCAACGCCGUGGAGGACAGCUUCUUCCAGGGCAUCACGCCGGUCAACGGGACCAUGCUCUUCCAGAACUUCCCGCACCACGUCAACCCCGUCUUCGGGGGCACCUUCUCCCCGCAGAUCGGCCUGGCGCAGACCCAGCACCCCCAGCAGCAGCCGCCGCCGCCCGCGCAGCCCCCCCAGGCGCAGCAGCAGCAGCAGCAGCAGCGCCGCUCGCCCGCCAGCCCCAGCCAGGCGCCCUACGUGCAGCGCAGCGCGGCGGCUGCAGCGGCCUACGGCCACCAGCCCAUCAUGACCAGCAAGCCGUCGUCCUCCUCCGCCGUGGCCGUGGCCGCCGCUGCCGCCGCCGCCGCCUCGUCCGCCUCGUCCAGCUGGAACACGCACCAGAGCGUGAACGUCAACGCCGCCGCCUGGAGCGCCCCGUCCAACCCCUGGGGAGGCCUGCAGGCCGGCCGGGACCCCCGGCGCGCGGUCGGUGUGGGCGUGGGCGUGGGCGUCGGGGUGCCCUCGCCGCUCAACCCCAUCUCGCCGCUCAAGAAGCCCUUCUCCAGCAACGUCAUCGCGCCCCCCAAGUUCCCGCGGGCCGCCCCGCUCGCCUCCAAGUCCUGGAUGGAGGAUAACGCUUUCCGCACUGAUAACGGGAACAGUCUGUUGCCAUUUCAGGACCGGAGUAGGCCCUAUGACACUUUUAACUUGCACUCUUUGGAGAACUCCUUAAUGGAUAUGAUAAGGACUGAUCAUGAACCUCUGAAAGGUAAACACUACCCUCCCAGUGGCCCACCAAUGAGUUUCGCUGAUAUAAUGUGGAGGAAUCAUUUUGCAGGACGUAUGGGAAUAAAUUUUCAUCAUCCAGGAACAGAUAACAUUAUGGCACUUAACACCAGGAGCUAUGGGCGAAGACGAGGUCGGUCUUCUCUCUUUCCCUUUGAAGAUGCCUUCCUGGAUGACAGUCAUGGCGAUCAGUCCCUGUCAUCUGGCUUAAGUUCUCCCACUCGAUGUCAAAAUGGAGAUCGAGUUGAACGCUACUCUAGAAAGGUGUUUGUUGGAGGCCUUCCUCCUGAUAUUGAUGAAGAUGAGAUCACUGCCAGCUUUCGCAGGUUUGGGCCCCUUGUCGUAGACUGGCCUCACAAAGCUGAAAGCAAGUCGUAUUUUCCUCCUAAAGGCUAUGCCUUUCUGCUGUUCCAGGAGGAGAGCUCAGUACAAGCUUUGAUAGAUGCCUGCCUAGAAGAAGAUGGGAAGCUGUACUUGUGUGUGUCUAGCCCCACCAUCAAGGAUAAACCAGUGCAAAUUCGACCAUGGAACCUAAGUGACAGUGACUUUGUAAUGGAUGGUUCUCAGCCCUUGGACCCCAGAAAAACUAUCUUUGUUGGGGGAGUUCCACGACCCCUUCGAGCUGUUGAACUGGCAAUGAUCAUGGACCGUUUGUAUGGUGGCGUUUGCUAUGCUGGCAUUGAUACGGACCCAGAGCUUAAGUACCCCAAAGGUGCUGGCCGUGUGGCAUUCUCCAAUCAGCAGAGUUACAUUGCUGCCAUCAGUGCUCGAUUUGUGCAGCUCCAACACAAUGACAUUGACAAACGGGUGGAAGUGAAGCCAUAUGUGCUGGAUGAUCAGAUGUGUGAUGAGUGCCAGGGCACACGCUGUGGUGGGAAGUUUGCCCCCUUCUUCUGUGCCAACGUCACCUGUCUGCAGUAUUACUGCGAAUACUGCUGGGCCAGCAUCCAUUCCCGUGCCGGGCGGGAGUUCCACAAACCGCUGGUGAAGGAGGGAGGCGACCGCCCUCGCCACGUCCCAUUUCGCUGGAGCUGAGCCCAGGGCAGAACCCACCCACAAGUACUGGAGUAGAAAACCAAGAGGGGAAAGAACGGGCACUGCCUCAGGGCGGACAGUGUUCUGGAAAUCUGUGCAUUUGUUCUCGAUUUUUAAAGAAGAAAUGGGUCUUUUUAUUAUUUUUUUAUUAUUCUUUACAGUCAUAUUACUGAACUCAGUGUCCAGUAUAAUGCAGAAUUGAAGAGUGUAUAAUGGUACUGAUUUGCACUUUGAUUCACACCUUUGUCUGCUUUGUACCUUAAUUUCUUCCACCUGAUUUGUCCCUUGGCAGUAGAGAGACUGCCAUUCUCAUCAGCAGCCAUCGGGUUGAUGUCUGUGUGAUCAUUUUUGUUUGUUGUGUUGUUCUUCUGAUAGUUUUUGAACUGGAGCAUGCACUUAUUUUCAGAAACUUAAAUGAGUUGCCCCUAGGAGAAGACUUACCAAAGGUAAUGCUGAGUAGGUGGCAGAUGUAGCAAAAACUUCUCAACAAAUCAGCAAUCAUUAGCAGGGGUCAUUUAGAGUAAGGAUAACCCUUAAUGAAAAUAAGCCUUUAGUUGCUCUGUUUUGACAUGUAAGGAUACCUCAUAAACCGAAUCUUUAUUUUUUUUUUCCUUCAUGUUUGAUUUUUGUUUUGCUGAAGAUUUUGGUUAGAUCUUUUAGUGUUAUGUAAAUUUAUGCUGCAAUAGCUUUUGCUGCUAUUAAAGUGGUAUUAUUAAUACCAUAAUACUCUAUUCAGGCUAAGGUAUCAAUUAAAAAAAAAAACCCAACAACACACUUUUGUGAUUUAGGAAUAGAAUCAGCUGCCAACAGGAGAUCAGAAUAGACUUCAGAAAGUUUCAACAGAAGGGCACUAUUUCUGACUGCAUGUUUACUUAAUCAGGUUGCUGCAUGCAAUAAAUUUUAUACCCAAUGUCUAGUAUAACACCUUCCCACAAUGCACAAAUUAAGAAUCUAUAUAAGCUAUAAAGUAAUGAUUUUAAAAGGAUUUUUUUCAUUCAGAGAAUCGAUGAUGGACUGGAGGAAGGCAUGCCUCAGUGAAUGGAAUGCUUCUGAGAUGAGAGAGAACCCCUACAGAAUUGCCUAUUUUACAACCAAUAGAAAACCUAGGUGUAGGAUAUUCUUAAAGCAAAUUUGUGGAUGGUAGAUGAAGUACUUUGCGGUGCUCUGUUACAUAUUGUGCAAUUUAUUUUAUAUAGUAAAGUGAUUAUGUCUAACUGUGAUCAAACUUAACUGUUUAAAGCCUCUGUGUCAGACAUUAAUGGACUUGAUGGUUCCUAACUGGUAUAUUAUUAACUAACACAUGAGCUCUUAGUUACAAUCUCCUAGUGCUUGCACCAUUUUACAUAGCUUCAUACUUUGUCCAGAAAACCAAAGAGCUCAUCUUAGCUUACAAACACUAGGAAUAUAUACAGUAUAUAGAGAUAAGUGUCAGAUUGACAAACUAGGCACAUUUUAAGGAAGUUGUGUGAUGAUGCUGAUGCUAAAGAAAUGUCUGUACAAACUAGAAUGACGUGGACAGGGCUGGUUGUGUGAGAAAUUAACUACUUAAUUCCCUGGAUUUAUCCUGUAAGGCUUGAAUAGAAUUAAGACUUGCUAUAGUACUACCAUGGACAUUUUUUUAGCAUUCACUCUUGGGCUGCAGAUAAUAAUAUAUAUAUAAACACACACAAUGAUUGUGAAAUUCUAUAAAUCCUUUCUUUUUAAAUCUUCCUGUGUUUUGGAAUUCUGGGGACAAUCUGACUGACUGGAUAUGACACUGCAGAAUAGACUUAAGUUGCUACGUUUAUUGUGCUGUGAUGUCCUAGUACUUAACUGUCUUUAAGUUAUUUUUUUUGUUCGUUGUGUUUGUCUUGUUUGGUUGCUUCAGUGUUUAGUUGCAAUUACCAGCUCUCAAAUUGUAUUUUGUUUUCAAAAAAGGCAAAACAAAAUAGUUUUUUAUGGGAUAAAAUAUUGCUUAUUAGAAUUCUCCCUUUUUGCGGUUACCUCUGGGCUUUUUGGUAAUAAUUGCUUUUUUCCAGCCCAGCUGUGGUCUUCUGUUUGUUUGUUUCUAUGUUUGUGGGUUUUAUUCAUCUGUACAAGUAAUUUUGUUAUGCACUACUACUUUUUGUAUUCUAGACAGUUUUCAAAAGUUGGCUGAAGAUCUGUUUUAAGGAAAAAGGCAUGCUUUCUGACCAACAUGAUCUUUUGCAAUACCUCAAUUUUGAAAUAUAGGAAAGAAAAUGAUAUUUUCUAAGUGAGUUUAUUCAGAAAAAUAUAUAUUAAUUUAAUUCUGCAAGAAAAAUGAUUUAACAGAUGGGUACCUUUAUUUUUUUCAUGCUUAUUUGUGUUUUUUGAAAAUGAAGAAGUUAGAGCUUUAUAACUAGAAUAUUAAAGACCAUAUCUAACCUACAGAAAUCUACCUAAUUAUGUGAAAGAAGCAAAACCUUUUGAAGAAGCACCCCUCUUUCAUGUACUAAAAUAACAGAGAUUUUUUUUUAAGUUGGAAGACUGUACAGUCUCAGGUGAAAGUGAAGGCAAGAGAAACGUUAUGAAGAAUCAGUUACACACAAUAAAACUCCAUUUGGUGCUGAAAGUUGUGACUUAGACGGUGGAAACUACUUUCCCUUAAUUUGUAUAUUUAUAAUCCAGCGUUGAUUGUGCUCGACUGACCAGGAUUGUGAAAGAGUUCUUCUGUUUGUAUUUUUUUAAAGAGAACUUUUUUAGUUUAUUAAAUUAUAACAUGUUCCCUUUUGUUUUGUAAAUAAAUGUGCCCCCAGUUGUUAAUGUUAUAUUAGAAGAGAGGGCCCUUCAAAAGAAAAUUAUUUUUUAAAAACAGAGGUGUUCUGACCUGCAACUUGACUGGGAAGGCCCUGGGUAUCACAGGCCCUGUGACAGGGCCCUUUCCUCAAUGUGACACUUGAACUAGUCGAUUUUUUGAAGGCUAAAACCUAACCUCGACUAUUUGUUGUUAUGUGCAAUACUGUUUGUACUGUUUGUAUAAAAAAUAGAAAAAAAAAGAAAAGAAAAAAGGCAUAAAUCUUUAUUGCAGAUUUAUUUUCAUUGCAGACUUUAGACAUUGUGAUUCACUAAAAUCAUUUUUCUACUGUCAAAUAUGUACCUUUUCUUCAUGCUGGUAUUUUUUCAAUAGUAAUGUAGCCUUUGUACUGAGACAAAUUUUCAUUGUUAUUUUUAGAAAGAUUUUUUGCUAAGAAAAAAAUUAAACAUAUUUACAUAUUUUUCAUUUUAUUUCGUAUUUUCUUUAAGGAGUGCUUUCUCAAUCAUUACUAGAAUUGUUUCUGGGAGGGACUUUCAUAUCUGGUCAAUGUCAUAAUAUUAUUUUGUAUUUUUACUUGGAAUAAAUUAAUUUUAUGAUGCUAAUUCUUUAAAAGUUUAUUUUUUUCAUUUUCAGUUAUUUUUUGAAGCUAAAACCUUUGUAAUAUUGUUACUAAAGUGUCUAGUUUUUUGAAAUGCAAAGCUUUAUGUAUUAACUUGCUGAUGUGGUUUACAAUAGUGUGACAACGAUGAAAAUGGUUGGUUCUGUAAAGUGAUUGGAAAAUGUAAUGGCUACUUGGGUAAUAAAAUGACAGAAUGAGCAGAACAUGUGAGAUUUGACAAGCCUUUUCCUUUAUUCUAGUGGUUCAGUGUAAGACUAGGGAUGUCGCAGUGGGUUUAUACAACACCAGAUGCAGCUAAAUCAGUGGCCCAGUGAUGAAGUCUUCCCUCGUCCAGAUCCACAAAAUGAUGCUCUGCUUUUACUCUCUAGCUUCAUUAUAUCCUGUGUAUGUGUUCCAACACAUGCAAAUCUGCCGUCAACUGCUGUCCACAUGCCAGUCCUGCCUUUUACUCAGGCCAGAUCUGUCCCACACAGUGACUGGGUUCAUCUGAGAAUCAGAGAAGUUGGUCAGUCUGUGUAGUUAGACCGGAACUGAAGUGUCUCACCUUCAAACCGAGAAAGCAAACUUGGACAUCACCACUUUAUCUGGACAGCCUUGGACUUUGUCUUCCUCUACCCUUCUGACCUCUGCUGCUUGGUUGCCUCUUAGUGUAGCACCAUAUCUAACCACUCCGAGGAUGAUCUUAGUGCCAUCCGGCUUCCUUUCCCAAACUCAGCUUGCCUGGAAAGUAUGCUGUUAAGUCAGCAUGUCAUUGUAAUGGCACCUAAAAUUAAACAGCCACCCAAAAUGAAACUGCAAAACUGGUGUUGUGUAAAUAGAAACAUCCAGAGACUUGCUCUAGAUAAGAUGGUUGUGUUGAUGGCCUCUUCCAGUCACAGGGGCCACAGAGGCAAAGUUAUCAAUAACUGGGAGAAACAAACGUGUGUCCAGAAAUAGCUCUUGGGUAUGCUCUAUGUAUUCAGUUUUGUAAAUAACCUAGAUUAGAUCAAGUUGUGAUGUAAAAUUUUAACUAAAAUUGGAUAUUACUGGUUGGAAUUUUACAUUAACUACAAAUAAAUGAUUAGGAACAGGAGAAAAGAAAUGGGAAAAUUAUUGCUUUAGUGAUAUAAAGAAUAUGCUUAGACUUCUGCCUAUUAUCUUCUGUUUUAUAGCUUGCUAGUGAGACAUGGGCUAAUGCAGGGGAUACUGAAUUUAUGCAAUUAGCAAAAAAAAACAAACCACUAGAUUUAAUUUUAUCUCUUAGCAAAAAAAAAAAAACAACAACAAAAAUAAAAAAAAAACAUUUAACUGGGUAAAGCCUAAAUAUUUAACUAUUGUGACGUCUCUUCUUGCAAAGUUUGAGUGAAGGACUAUAGUCACAAAUUAGUGGGGGGAAAGUAUCUUUUUGUUAAAUUGGCCUAUUUGUAUGGAUUGUUGCUUUUACCCAGUUUGUAUUGUAUGUCAGCUAACAUAUUCUGUUGGUUUUUUUUUUUAAUAAUCCAAUUUCUCUAUCUCAGCUGCAAUAGUGUUCCAUUUUACUACAGAGUAUUUUAUAAUCCAUGCUGUUGACUUUAUACCCCAAAAUGGAUGAUCAAGAAGUGUGAUUUGAGGAUGUUUAAAUUUGUAUGACCAUGAUGAAUAGCAACAAGUAGAAAGCUCGGGUGCUACACAGGAUAUUCGCUCUUCUCUUUUCUGGAUAUAGUUCUGUUGAGGUAUAAAGUAUUAGGUAUUUGUAUUUUUGCUGUCACAAUAACCAACAUAACUUCUAGAGUGUUCACAGCUAAGAUCUCUGUAUUUGUUUUUCAACUAACAACUAAUUUUAAAUGUAUUGUAUCUUUUACUACUUGUUCUCUUAGAUUGUUUUUGCUAGUAACUCUUAACUCAGCUUCCGCCUUUGGGGCUAGGGCUAAUAGUGCUUGUACGGAACCAUGGAGCUCAAUGCAGCUAUUGCUUACAACUGCUUCAACUUUGUAGUUUGGACCUUUUUUUUCUGUAAUUACAACUUAUUAAAUCUAGUUGUAUGAAGUA